CCUUGACCUUAACCCUCCCGCAGUCACCUCCGGGCCUGGCGCGGGGCGGGGAACAUGGGCGCCUCGACCUCCAGGGGCCGGCCCGCCCGGGUCCCCGCGCCGGAGCCCGAACCCGAGGAGGCGCUGGACCUGAGCCAACUGCCGCCCGAGCUGCUGCUGGUGGUGCUGAGCCACGUGCCGCCACGCACGCUGCUGGGGUGCUGCCGCCGCGUGUGCCGGGGCUGGCGCGCGCUGGUGGACGGCCAGGCCCUGUGGCUGCUCAUUCUGGCCCGGGACCACGGCGCCCUGCUGCCGCUCGCCCGCAGCUGCCUGCCCCCCGCCCGCGAUGGCCGGCCCUGCCUGCUGGGCCGCUUCUGCGAACGCCGACCGAUCGGACGCAACCUCAUCCGCAACCCCUGCGGCCAGGAAGGCCUCCGGAAAUGGAUGGUGCAGCACGGUGGGGACGGCUGGGUGGUGGAGGUAAACCGGUCAACGGUGCCUGGGGCCCCCUCGCAGACCUGCUUCGUGUCUUCCUUCAGUUGGUGUCGCAAAAAGCAGGUCUUGGACUUGGAGGAGGAGGGUCUGUGGCCAGAGCUGCUAGAUAGUGGCAAGAUUGAGAUUUGUGUCUCUGACUGGUGGGGAGCCCGACACGACAGUGGCUGUAUGUACCGACUCCUUGUCCAGCUUCUAGAUGCCAACCAGACGGUCCUGGACAAAUUCUCCGCCAUGCCUGUUCCCAUCCAGCAGUGGAACAACAAUGUCUGCUUUCAGGUCACCCACGUGUUCUCCGACAUCAAGACAGGUGUCCGCUUUGUGUCCUUCGAACACUGGGGCCAGGACACACAGUUCUGGGCCGGUCACUACGGAGCCCGAGUGACCAACUCCAGCGUGGUCGUGCGGGCCCGCCUGUCUUAGCCAAGGGCUAUCCUUGCAAAACGACCUGACCGAUGCCUUCCGGGACCUGGGACCGCUGGCCAGGACCUCUCAUUAACCAAGGGCAGGUACCUCCUGGCAUCCCGGGUACUUCAGAGUCCAUUUGAGGCUGCUGCUGGGUCCCCUCUUCUAGUAGGCUCUGGAAACUACUAGAAGAAGGUUCUAUUGUCAGACCUACCUACUGCUGUUGUAUGGCGGUCCUUCCUGUGGGGCAGGGGGGACGACACGGGGUGACUGGUCCUGGAGAGGGCUCUUCGCCCUCACCCCAGAGGCCCUCUGAGUCAACCCCGGUCCAUUCUCCCCUUGUCUCUUGUUUCUGCUUCGAGGGUGCUACUGAUCCCUUUGGGGAGCCCCCCUCAUCUCUGAAGUAGAAUCUUGUCCUUAUGGCUGGGAAAAUACCAGCCACAUUGGGCGGCAGAUGUAACCUCCUGAAGCUUCAAGGCUGGGGCCAGUUCUCGCAGUUGAAAAGUCACCUGGCUCAGAAAAUGUUUGGAGGUCCUCAAGGACCCUGUGAUCGUGCGGUGUGUACAAUUAUUUUUUACUUUGAAAAGUUUCAUGAACGUUGGGAUAAUAAUAUAUCAGCAAUGGCUAUCUGCCAGUCAUAUGUAAUAAAUUUGUAAUUUUGCCAAA